GGCCAUAAGCGAGGAGACGAUCCAAACACAUUUCAUAUCAUCUCAUCCAUCCAUUUGCUGGUGUGUGUUGGAAGACUCAGCUGUUAAAAUGAAAGGCGUCCAGUAUUUUGCCAGUCUUCUUUUGCUCCUCUUUGUUCACAAAUGCAUUUGCGUCCCACUGCAAGGCGACAGCACAAGCACAGAGACAGCAGACAGUUUUUUGGCGAGGGCUCCGGGUUUGACGACCAUGAAGAGACAUUCAGAGGGAACUUUCUCCAACGACUACAGCAAAUACCUGGAGACCAGAAGAGCACAAGACUUCGUUCAGUGGCUCAUGAACGCUAAGAGAAAUGGUGGUUCUGUCAAACGUCAUGCAGAGGGCACCUACACCAGCGACGUGAGCUCAUACCUGCAAGACCAGGCGGCCCAGAGCUUUGUGGCCUGGCUAAAAUCCGGACAACCCAAACCAGAGUAGGCCUCCAUGCUUCUAGUCCACCUUCAGUGCCUUAAAGACUGUGAAAAUAAAGACAAAAUGAGAGAGAACUGAUGGCUUCAUUGCGCUUUCUCCUGCCAAACAUCUGUCUCUUCGCUAACUCACCCUGUGCCAAACACUAAUGCUAAUAAACAGCGCUGAAACCAGGCUGUGGGCUUUCUCUUUCUAUCCUGAUGUCUUCUGCUAUGCUAAUCUAAUAAAUGAUUUUUGUACAGAUGCUAAUCAUAACCAAACACACAAAUAAACCUUAAAACAAGCUACAUGCUAAAUGCUUUCUAUGCUAAUGUCUUCUGUUUUGGGUUCUGCCAUGUAAACUAAUAAAUAAUUCUUGCACAGAUGCUAAUCAUAACCAAACACACAAAUAAACCUAAAACAUGCUAAAUGCUUUAUAUGCUUUUUCUAUGCUAAUGUCUUCUGUUUCGGGUUCUGCUGUGCUGAGCAAAUAAAUAUUUCUUUAACAGAUGCUAACCAAAACCAAACAUCACAACUCAAACCGCAAACACACAAAUAAACCUAAAAAUGUGCUACAUGCUAAAUGCUUUCUCUAUCUAUGAUAAUGUCUUCUGUUUUGGGUUUGCUGUGCUAAUCUAAUAAAUAUUUUUUGCGCAGAUGCUAAUCUUAACCCAACACAAAAACCUAAAACAUGCUAAAUGCUUUCUAUUCUGUUUUGGGUCUGCUAAACUAAUCUAAUAAAUAUUUUUUGCCAAUGCUAAUCAUAACCAAAGACACAAACCUAAAAACAUGCUAUAUAUUUAAUACUUUCUAUGCUUAUUCUAUGAUAAUGUCUUUUGUUUUGGGUCUGCUAAGCUAAUCUAAUGUUUAUUUUUUGCACAGAUGCUAAUCACAACCAAACACACAAAUAAACCUAAAAACAUGCUAUAUGCUAAAUGCUUUCUAUGCUUUUUCUAUGCUAAUGUCUUCUGUUUUGGCUUCUACUUUGCUAAUCUAAUAAACAUUUAUUGCACAGAUGCUAAUCAUAACCAGACAUGCAAAGAAAUCUAAAAACAUCCUACAUGCUAAAUGCUUUCUAUGCUUUUUCCUUGCUUAUGUCUUCUGUUUCUGCAUUUUGCUGUGCUAAUCAAAUAUUUAAUUUUUGAACAGAUGCUAAUCAUAACCAAACAUCAAAACUAAAACUGCAAACACAAAUAAACCUAAAAACAUGCUACAUGCUAAAUGCUUUUGAUGUUCUAUCUUUGCUAAUGUCUUCUGUUUCUGGUUCUGAUGUGCUAAUCAAAUAAAUAUUUCGUGCACAGAUGCUAAUCAUAACCAAACACAAAUAAACCUAAAAACAUGCUAAA